AUGUUUAGCGCGCCACCUAUGCUAUGUAAAAAUCCGAAAGAAUGGGAGCCAAAUCAACAUACGAGAAUUUGUAGUGCUCAUUUUAUAAAUAAUAGUAAAUCGGACAACUCACAUCAUCCAUCUUAUGUUCCUUCGAUUUUUCCUGGAAAAGAAAAUACAAGAAAUUCCAUUCAACGUCUGCAACGAUUUGAACGGUCAAGAACACGUCAAUUAAAUAAGGACAGAUUAAUUUACAGUAUCACCAGUAGUGUAAACAGUAAUAAUUGUAUUGAAGAUAAAAGUAUUAAUAAUACAAGUGACAUUGCAAUGGAGCAAGACGCAGGAGGAAUGAUAACGGAAGCUCAGGACGACUGUCAUAGGGACGUGAAUGUUAUGAAUGUUUCUCCGCCAGCCUAUCGAAGUAUUACUUGUCAAACUGAGGAUUUUAUUCCUGAUAUUUCAACUGAUGAUGUUACUUGCGAUCCAAUCAAUUUCGAGUCUAUACAAUCUCACUGUAAAGGAUUCCAUGGAUUUUCAUCUAUUACAAGUGAUGAAACUAUGAGUAGCUUUACAGGUGUUACAUUAUCUAUCUUUUUAUGGCUUUUGAAUAAACUCCCAGAAGUAUUAUUUAAUAUUCAUCGAACUACUGUUAAUCGAAUAUUCGUAAAGAAUUUGCAACAGUUGAAUAUUGUAAUGAAAAACUUUAUAUUCUGGCCAUCUAAAGCCGCUGUUCGAGCAACCUUGCCAGAAUCAUUUAAGCUACAUUAUCCAGACACUCGUGUUAUCAUUGACUGCACCGAAGUAAACACAGAAGUUCCACCAGCAGUUAAACAUCGAGUUUUAAUGUAUUCAGAUUAUAAGCAUCAUCACACAAUAAAAUUUUUAGUAGGAUGUACUCCAAGUGGAUUUAUAAGUUUUCUGUCAAAGUGUUAUGGUGGUCGUGCUGGUGAUUGUUUCAUUACAAAUGAUUGUGGUUUAGUAGAUUUAAUUGAACCUGAUGAUGUUGUGCUAGCAGAUAAAGGUUUCCCGCAAAUGCAAACAAAAGUUCAAGAAAAAAAUGCGAUUUUUGUUAUACCUCCGUUUUGCAACAAAAAUCAAUUUACACCUGAGGAAGUUGAUGAGACUUACAAUACUGCUUCAGUGAGAAUACACAUUGAACGAGUAAAUCAAAGAAUAAAAGACUUUAAUAUUCUUUCCAAAGUACCAGUGUCACUUUUGCCUCAUGUUGAUGAAAUUGUUUUUGUCAUAUGUGCUAUCAUAAAUAUUCAAAAGCCCUUGUUUAACCAGGAAAAAUCAGUGACAGAAUAA